GGAAACGUUCCAACGCGGGAGAGCAUCCAUAUGUAUUACCAGAACCACAUGAUGAAACUUUCUAAGGAGUCAGGACUGGACUCAAUUGAUAGAAAUCCCGGUCAAGCUUCUGGUUUGCAAGCAUCUGAAAGAAUGGAUAGUUUAGAUUCAGCAGCUUCUCGUGACAGUAUCUCCAGCUGCUACACUGAAGCAACCAUGCUGUUCUCAAGGCAGUCAACCCUUGAUGAUUUAGAUGGACCAGACACUGUUCCUAAAACAAGUGAGCGCGCUCGACCUAGGCUUCGUAAAAUGCAGAGCAUGGAUAUGUCCUCCUCGUCAGCUGACAGUGGCAGUGUAGUGUCAAGUGAACCUACGCAGGUCACCAUGCUCUGUUCUCGUCAGGGGACGACAGAAACCAUUGAGGAGGUAGAAGGGGAGCAUGAAGAGGAAGGAGCUCAUUCUGCAUCAAGGCCGGAGGAAGAGGAGGUGGAAGAUUAUAGCCUAGGUUCAGAAGGCGCUGCAUAUACCCCUGAUACCGAUGUGCCAUUGUACUCCACUGUGGAUAGCAAUGCAGAAGCUCCACCUUCCUAUAGCAAAGCUGUCAGCUUUGAACACCUUCCCUUCGGCUCCCCAGAUGACUCAGCUGAUAAGAGCCUCAUGAUGGUGAGCCCAGACGACAGUCGGAUGGACAAACGUAAUGAUACAAUCCUCCCUCCAUUGACGCACGAGCUAACGGCUAGUGAGCUGCUUCUGAACAAGAUGUUUCAUGAUGAUGAGCUGGAGGAGUCAGAGAAGUUCUAUGUUGGUCAGCCUCGAGUCUUGCUUCUUAUUUAUGCCUUGUACAAUACAUUGGUGGCACGGUCAGAAAUGGUGUGCUAUUUUGUGAUCAUCCUUAACCACAUGAUCUCUGCCUCCAUGAUAACCCUGGUGCUUCCCAUCCUUAUAUUCCUUUGGGCCAUGCUGUCUGUUCCUCGUCCAAGCAAACGUUUCUGGAUGACAGCCAUUGUCUACACUGAGGUGGCCAUUGUCAUCAAGUACUUCUUCCAGUUUGGCUUCUUUCCUUGGAAUAAGUAUGUAGAUUACACAAAAGAUAAACCUUACCAUCCACCAAAUAUUAUUGGCAUUGAGAAGAAAGAGGGUUACGUGCACUAUGAUCUUGUUCAGCUCCUUGCAUUGUUCUUCCACAGAUCCAUUUUAAAGUGCCAUGGAUUAUGGGAUGAAGACGAGAAAGGGGACAGCUCCAGUAAUAAAGAGGAUACUGAUGAUGAGCUCUCUCUGACAGGAGGCAGGAGAGAUUCUUCUGCCUCUUUGAAAUCUGUCAAUCUUGCGGCAUCGGUGGAGUCAGUACAUGUCCACUUCCCCGAGCAGCAGACCGCCAUCAGGAGGAAGAGCUCUAGUAGCAUAUCACAGCUUUCACACAGGUCCAGCUUCUCUUCACACAGAUCUAAGAGAGGAAGUACCAGUACACGAAACAGCAGUCAGAAAGGAAGCAGUGUGUUAAGCAUCAAGCAAAAAUCUAGAAAAGAGCUACUUAUGGAGAAGUUUCGGGAACAAAUGAUCAAAGCCAAGGCCUUUACAAUUAAAAAGACUCUCCAGGUGUAUGUGCCCAUCAGACAGUUUUUCUACAACCUUAUUCAUCCAGACUACAGUGCAGUGACUGAUGUGUAUGUGCUGAUGUUCCUCGCAGAUACAGUGGACUUCAUCAUCAUUGUGUUUGGAUUUUGGGCUUUUGGGAAACACUCUGCAGCAGCAGAUAUCACCUCUUCACUAUCAGAGGACCAGGUGCCAGAGGCAUUUUUGGUGAUGGUGCUUAUUCAGUUUGGUACCAUGGUGGUAGAUCGAGCACUGUACCUCAAAAAGACUGUCAUGGGAAAGGUCAUCUUCCAGGUCAUCCUUGUUUUUGGAAUACAUUUCUGGAUGUUCUUUAUCUUACCUGGAGUGACAGAAAGGAAAUUUAGCCAGAACACAGUUGCCCAGCUCUGGUAUUUUGUGAAAUGUGUUUAUUUUGGCUUAUCAGCAUAUCAGAUACGCUGCGGAUAUCCAACUCGUGUUCUUGGCAACUUCCUCACAAAAAGUUAUAACUAUGUCAACCUGUUCUUAUUUCAAGGGUUCCGCCUGGUUCCAUUUUUGACCGAGCUGAGAGCUGUAAUGGACUGGGUUUGGACAGAUACCACUCUCAGUCUUUCCAGCUGGAUCUGUGUUGAAGAUAUCUAUGCUCAUAUAUUCAUUCUAAAGUGUUGGCGAGAGUCAGAAAAAAGAUAUCCCCAGCCAAGAGGCCAGAAGAAAAAGAAAGUUGUGAAGUAUGGAAUGGGUGGCAUGAUUAUCGUCUUGCUGAUUUGUAUUGUCUGGUUCCCACUGCUCUUCAUGUCUUUAAUCAAAUCUGUUGCAGGCAUCACCAACAAGCCUCUAGAUGUAUCAAUCACAAUAACUCUAGGAGGUUAUCAGCCUAUUUUUACAAUGAGUGCUCAACAGAGUCAGCUCAAGGAUUUGAAUCAGACUGGUUUCAAUGCGUUUCUGGGAAGCUAUAGGGGUAACACUGCUGCUUUGCAGUUUCUAGAGGGCUAUGGAAAAGAAGAUAUAACUCUAGCAGAUCUGGAGGGAAAUUCAAACUCUUUAUGGACCAUCAGCCCUCCCAGUAGAGAGAAGAUGAUACAGGGACUACUGGAUUUUUCAGCUGAGUUCACUGUAGUUCUGUCAUGGAGCAUUCAAAGAAAUCUCACCCUUGGUGCUAAAGCCGAAAUAGCAUCGGAUAAACUUACCUUUGUCCUACCAGAGAACACCAGAAGAGAUAUAGCUACAAUGAUGUCUGGAGAGCAACUGGAAAAGGUAACAUUAGAGACAGUGUACCCAUACUACAUCAAGGCUCCUAGUGAUUCUCUCGCAAAACCGAUAAAGCAACUGUUGACAGACUGCAGAUGGGAAAACAUUACAGUUUCCCUGGUCAAGAAUGUGUCCGAUGAGGGAGUUCGUGAGUGGUGGGUUUUGAAUCAGCUUGGAAAAAGAUACAAAAAGUCUGAAGAGAGUCUUGAACUCUUCAUAUUCAGUGAUAAAGUCAGUCCACCAAGCCUUGGAUUCUUGGCUGGUUAUGGCAUCAUGGGACUAUAUGCCUCGGUUGUCCUGGUGAUAGGGAAGUUUGUCCGUGAAUUUUUCAGUGGGAUCUCUCACUCCAUUAUGUUUGAGGAGCUACCCAACGUAGACCGAAUAUUGAAGUUGUGUACUGACAUUUUCUUAGUGCGAGAGACUGGAGAACUGGAACUAGAAGAAGACCUGUAUGCCAAACUAAUAUUCCUAUAUCGCUCACCAGAGACUAUGAUCAAGUGGACUAGGGAAAAAACUAAUUGAUCUCUUUGGUGUCACACUGCGAAUCAAGUUGAUUUCAUCUGUAUUUUAAAGGGGGGGGAAAAAAAGCACAAUAUUCUCUUAAGAGCUAAGCCUUUUAUAGUUAGGUAGCAAUGAUUUUUCACUGAAGAAAUCCUGGAAGCUAUGGCCUUAGGAAUCCAUGCUGCCUUUCCACUGAAGGAUCUACAGUGAAGAAGGUUGGAUGAUUUGUUGGUUUUAAUGUGCCACUCCUCUACAAUCUGGGGACUGCUUUGUAAUUUAAUCAACAAAAAGUUUGUGUCUUUGUCUGGCUAAUUUAAUUUUCCAGACUAUCAUUACAACUUAAAGAGAAAAGAAAGGAGUGAACUCACAGAUGACUCCAGUGUACCUUCGUGACCCUUUCUGGAGCCAGACGGAUUGGAUUGUGCAAUAUGCUGUUGUACAUCACUGACUUUCAAGCUACAGUAAUGGGACGCUGACUAGCCUUCAGGACACCCAAGACCCAGGGAACCAGACCAAGACCAGUGGGAACUGAAGACAUUCUAGCCAUACCCAUUUGUAGAAAAGCAGAGGUUUUGAUGUACAAAGGACACUGUGGACAAGCCUCUGUUAGCAAAAACAAAACAAGUAACAAUCUUUAAAUGCCUUAUUUUAUUUGUACAGUCACAGAAGACAUUUCCACCAAACAUCAAUGACUUUUCUCAGGAAAA